CUUCUUCUGUAAUAUUCAAUAUUUCUUGAGCGGAUUAGAGAGUGGUAGAUUUUAUGGAGCUGAGGCUUUCGUGCUCCUUCUGUAAUAUUCAACAUUUUUUAAGUGGAUUGAAGAGUAGAUUUUUUACUGGGUGCCGAAAAUAAACUGUUCUUCGUUACCAUGUCAGCCUAAUGGACAAAAAUCAUUCGGCUGUAUAACAUAUAUGUGUACGAUGAUAUUAUUUUUCUGAUAAAUUAUUAAUUAUCUCAAAUCAAAAUCAAAGCAUUUUAGAGCACACUAUUCAACUUUGCUUUGUCAACCCCAAAGCCCAAACCCCCGGCGCAUGAAGCUUUUCCUCCUCCGUUCCGACCGCCAACCCCCAGCAAUGCUCCGCGGUCCACGGCCAUGGCCUUCCUCAAAACCCUAAGCCCUCUCCUUCGCAGAAGCCCCACCGGGAUCCCGGACCCUAGGCCCCUCCUCUCCCUUCACACCUUCCUCGCCUCCUCCUCACCCACCUCCGCCGCCGCCGCCGCCGCCGCGGCGGCGCACCCCCACGUCCCCAUACGAUCUGGCGGCCCGUUGUUCCUCUCGUCACCCCCAUGGAUGCUCUCGCAGUCCGCGACGCCGCUCACGGCCGCGGCAUCCGCCCUACGCUCCAAGCUCCGCAGCGCUCGCGCCCUCGCCGGCGGCGGCACGCAGGCUGUCGCCGAUGCCGUACGGUGGGAGCACAUGCGGAUCUCUGGAGGUGGGGCGGAGGAGGCGGCGAGGAUAGUGGCACGUGCAGGUGACAGGUUUCUGAAUGCGCCCAAUUUGGUAUCGAUUGGACGCAUGGUGUCAGGACCGGUCAUUGGAUGGAUGAUCAUGAGCGAAUGGUAUCUUCCUGCUUUUGCCACAUUGGCAUUGUCUGGUGCAAGCGAUUGGUUGGAUGGCUUUUUAGCAAGAAAGAUGGGCAUCAAUUCUGUUUUCGGAUCAUAUUUGGACCCGUUGGCUGACAAGGUUUUGAUUGGCUGUGUUGCUGUAGCCAUGGUUGAAAAGGAUCUCUUACAUCCUGGUCUUGUCAGCCUGGUUGUUAUAAGAGACUUGCUUCUUGUGGGUGGUGCUUUCUACAAACGGGCUUCUAGUCUGGGAUGGAAGUGGAACAGUUGGUCAGAUUUUGUUAACUUAGAUGCAAUUCAUCGCGAAAAGGUUGAACCUCUGUUCAUCAGCAAGGUUAACACAGUAUUCCAAUUAAUGUUGGUUGCUGCUGCGCUUCUUCAGCCAGAAUUUGGCACAGAGGAGACUCAGAAUUACAUUACACUCUUGAGUUGGCUUGUAGCUACUACAACAAUCACAUCCACGAUAGGUUAUGGUGUGAAAUACUAUCGGAUUAGACCAAGGACAUGAUGACUGUUGCUGCAUGCACUUCUUUCAUGGAUGAAUUUGCCGUUGAUGUCAGUAUUCAGUGACAUACUGACAUGUAUCACGCAUGUCUUGAGUCUUGAAGCUGCCCGAACUUCCCUAUUUGCAGCUCCACGCAAAGUACCAGCCAGACUAUGGGUCCUGUAGCCUCCUUGUUUCCCAUGCCUUCUCCAAUUAAAAAGUCUACGUUUUGAGCAAGAUUGAAGGAGGAAAUGAGGAACCGCCUCUUGAAUGAAAUCAGCGCAUGAUCUGUAUAGUAGACCUUGAGCCUCUCGCCUGUAUCUGCCAAGUUUAUUUUGUUUUGCUUUUACCUACCUGUUAGAUUUCAAAGUUACUUUCCGCCCAUUUUGGCUAGAGUGCUUAUCAAAUUACUGGAGGGCAAAACCAGCAGAACCUUCGUUCCUUGCUUUGCCCAAAGACAUCAGUUCUGUUGCCUGUGUACAUAUGUACUUCAGAAUUUCUGUACUGAUGAGAACCAUGGCGGAUGGAGGUUGAAUUGAUUUCAAAAUGUUCGCAUUUGUAA